AUGUCCAGUUCCAAUGACCCGCUUUUUCGACUAGAAUGCGUGCUGCUCUUUGCCCUGGAUGUUGUGAAAGGGCCGUACAUCCACAGCUGUGCUCCGGCUAACCCGCCAGAGGUGAUUCGGUCGUUCCUCCAACCGCCAGCCGGAGCAUCCACAACCGGAGUGGCGGCCUCCACUACGAGCGCAAGUCACGGCAUCGCACCCCACACCACGGCCUCGUUGCAGCGAAGGCCGGAUGCUUAUGCGCGGGAUGGCUGCUGUGGCACCUCCCCAAGCACUACCUAUCGCCAAGCAAACGCCAGUGCUACAGCUACUAACACUGUCGAUGGGUUUGCACCGUCCUCGCUCCCACACGGCGGCUCCCUGUGCGGCGGGCUGCGACCUUUUUUGAGCACCUCACCGUUGCUUGGGGCGCGUGGCGCAGCAGCUUACGCCCCACAGUGCGGCACAAUGACCCCUCCUCUUGCGAUGGCGACAAAUGCAACAUCCGCUGGCCCCUCAUCCCCGACGAACUCCGUCACACGUGUGGGCGGCAGCAUCAUCUCCACUGCCGCUGCCGCGACGGGUGCACCCACCACCGUACGCAUGAUUUCCUCCUCCUUACUCGCCCAGCGGCAUCUACUCGGGUUGGCCGAUGCCUCCACCACCGCCACCCCACUGGACGACGCCCGCAGCUUCGCGAUGGGGACCAGUGCGCCAACAAACAACGCGAGUGUCUCGGAGGACAGCAACACGAUCUUUGCCAUUUCACCGCAAACGAACCUAAGUGAGUCGCAGCAGACCCUCCCUAGUGUGAUGCCGAUGGUUGGCUCGUUUACGGGGGUAACCAACGUCAGUAUGUCGAGCAAUACUGCUGCUGCUGGUGGUGCGUCUGCGUCUGCCGCUGCGGUUGCGGCUGCAGUUGCGUCGCUGCGGUCGAACACUGGCACCACACCGGGCGCGCACGAUGGAGGCUCUCGUGUUGCGUGGAUGGCCGACGGUGCUGGCGCCGUUGACGACGAAAACAACGUCGACGGCAUCAGCAACAGCAACGCGCCACCUCAACCACUUCCGCGAGCUUCCACACUUUCUGCUCCCCGAGGCGGUGCAGCAGGUAUAAACGGUAGCGGCAGCAGACAGGCCACGACGACAACGAGUGCCUUUCUUUCCAGUUCGUCCCUGUCGUCGCUGACGACCCCCCUUCACACGCCGCCCAUUACGGCUUCCUUUGCCGAUCCGGGAGUAGUCGUGGAGCCCUUCGCUGCCGCGUCACGCCACGCGUCGGAAGGCGCAAAUGCUGAGCCGCUGCCGCCGCCGCCGCAUCACCGCCAUCCCCCGUACGGUAUUGCAGGAGGUACUGGCAGUGGUGGCGGUAGUAGUCGUGGUGUCUAUGCCGCACCAGCCGCUAUGAGUGUGUCACCGGCUGGAGUGGCGGCGGAGAAUGGCAGGAUCAACAGCUACAGCGACGUCUUCGUCCCCCGAUCGGAGUUUUGUCGACGCGUGCUGUGGCUCUACCCCGCCGAAUCGGGCCUGCUCUUUCUCUACUACGCUGAGGACAUUCCUGGCGAGCACUAUCAGCGCAAGACCCUUCGCUACUCCCUCUGUUUGGUCUUCUGCGUCGAUAAGAAACGCAUGACAAUUGGUGCUGGUCUGCUGCAUCAACUUGUCCGCCCUUACAGCGUCGUCCUGACCAACAUCGCCGAGGAGCUGCGCGAGGCGGAGGUGAAGUACGCGUACAUGAGCCGUGGGCUGCUGCUGCUGCAGGCUGCUCCGUCACCGCGACGGCCGCCGGCGCCGCGGCAGCCCGAGUCGUCUCUUUUCUCUCCAGCAUUAGCCGCGACCGCGCCAGCGGUGAUGACAAGCGCCGCUGCUGUUGCUGCUGCGGUGGGUUCGCCGCGUGGUGCAUUGAACAGGGCAAUGGGAGCUGAGGAGGCGGAAGAUGAGGAGGACGAGGGGGAGACCGUUGGAGGAACUCUUACAAAAGAAACAGGUACCGCAACAACAGGGAUGACAACGACAGUGGCCGUCAGCGGCGGAGCACAAAAAAACUUUCGCUUUGGCCGACGGCGUCUGGUGAAUGAGUCGACGGCGCGACCGGACAUCUAUCACUUGGCCUUGGUGGAGCGCGGCGUCUCCGCCACGUCCGUCGUGUCCGUGGCCAGAUACUGCACAAAUACGAACCAGAAUGAAGCCUCCGUGGCAGAAUCGGCAGAGCGCGACACGCCCAUAUCUUUGAUGUCUCCGCAGCCGCCGACUACAUCCGGCACCGAGGCGGACCCCGCGGAUGCAACGGCCAACGACAAAUCACGUGCGUACCGCUUUGACAGCGCGCGAAAAACCGAUACUGAUGUUCCAAGUGCCGACGCGAUCCCUGCACAUGCAAAAAUAGUGGCGAAUACCCACGCCACAGAAACAGCGCCUAUCACGGCGAGCAGCAUCGGCACUUCAGGAUCGCCUUCGUACAUUGCGACAAGCAGAACCACUGCCGGCACCACGCCAUCGUCGCGCUUCGGCACAGCUUUCUCGCCACCCCCGCACGAGGCUGGCCACGCGGCGAGCCCCGCCACCGCAGCAACGACAGCGGCAGCAGCCAAUGCGGCACACAGCAGCAGUGGUGGGAGCGGCGACAACGCAGAGACGUCAUCGGCCAGCGCCGUCUCCCCUGCCUGCACGAACGUCGACACGCUGACGGCCACCCCGCCCUCGUCGCUGCCUCUUCGCAGUCGAGCAGCGAGCCAAGGCGGCGGUGGUGCCUUCCCUAUCGCCACCUCCUCGUCCCCGUCAGCCGCCUUCGGCGACUCGACCAGCACCGCGACCACGGCGCUGUCACCCAUGACUUCCGUAAUGGCGUUGAGUGGCGCAGGCGGGGUGUCCGGCCCUUUUCCGUCUGCCGCCGGCUUUCCCUUUUCAAAGCACCGUGUGCACACUUCGCCCUCCGCGGCGGGCGGGGUCGCGUCGACGCUGAAUGGCAGCUUCAACUCGCAGUACCGCUCCAACGAUGGCAGCGGUGGUGGUCGUGGCGUGCACAACGCGAACCCACUGAAUGCGUUUAUCACGCCCACCACCGCGCCGCAGUGGACGCCCCUCUCGGAACUGGUGGAGGAGCUCUACCGCUGCCUGCGUUGCAGCAGCGAGGGCGACGGCGAGGACGACGCAGACGGCUCGGUCCACACCGGCUCUGCCACCACAGCAACGCCAGGGAGGGGAUUGUGUGGAUCGCGGAGUGUGUCACCCGCCUCGAGACCUGCGUAUGGUGCGGGAGGGGGAAGGGGAGGCAAUGCACUGAUGGGCCGCCAGGGCGUCGCGACCAGACCCACCUUCUCUUCUCCGCCAAGGAGGGUGCGUCAUGCCGGUACCCGACAGCCGUACUCUCCUCUCACUGCGAUGCUCCCCGGUAGCGGCCGCGGUGGAUCCUGGGAGGGGGUUCGCGGGGGCGGAGGCGGCCCCCUCGCAAAGGCAACCCCGUCGUCUGCUUUCUUAUUUACCACGGGCGUGACCUCACCAGCUUCCUUCUCGUCUCCGGCAUCGCAACCGCUGCCGCCGCAACAGCAGCAACGCGGCGAUGUCAGCGUCGUACACCUCUCCGACCGUCUCAGCUUCCACGUACGUCGCAUGGCCCCGCUGCAGGCGGCGCGUCUGCUGCACUUUGACCACGUCCCCGUCCCGAUUGUCCCCUAUGACCCGACAAUGAUGGAGUGGAUGGACAUGGCGGUGCAUCACGUGUUCCGCCUGGUGGACGGCGUGCGCACCGUCGCUGAUCUAGUGUUUGAUGUCGCGAUGGGCACGACGACCUCGCUGGCCGAGGUGUACGCAGAGGCGCUGCGGCGGAGUAGCGCUAUCGCUGCGGCGGAGGCGGCCAACGGAAAGGGCAGCGAGGUAGCUGGAGAGCGCACGGCGUCAGGCCCGGCAGCACGCAACGCGGCGCACAGCAAGUCCGACGGCAUCUCUGACAGGGUGAGUAGUAAUAGGGGCGGUAGCAACACGGGUAACGGAUCUGUCACGAUGAAGCUCACGGGUGCACCGCAAGGUAACCGCGCAGCUGGUACCAGUCCCGGAGAUGGGCAAAAUGCCGCGAAGAGAGCAAACAACCCCAACAACACAAAAGCACCAUUAAAAGACUCCCUUCCGCCACGGGGCACGUCGGUGGCCUCUCCUGCUCGUGCGCGUGUGGUAGCGGUCCCUAUCGAUGCUCGACCAUCGCUUACUCUACUGCCUGGUGUCCGCUACUCUGUUCCCACCUCUGCUGCCGCGGCGGCCGCAGCAGCUGCGAUCAGCGAUGGGCAAGCCUCACCGCCGAGCUACGUCAAUGUGCGAGUUGCGCUGUCGACGCCUGAGCCUGCAGACGCGUCUGCCACGGUAUCAGCUGGUGCCGGUGGAGCUUCUUCCAAGAACAGUCCUUCGUCGGCCGCCUUUGCCGCGGCCAACAACACCACAGCAGCAGCAACGACUCCGCCGCCGCCGCUCAUUUCAGUAGAGCUCCCCGUGACGUGGGUGGCCACGACGGGUAUCGUGGUCGAGGCGCUGCUGCACCUGGAGCUGUGUCAUCUCAUCAAGAUCUACCGACCCUGGGCAGCGUCCACCCUUUACAGUGCCACGCAAACACUGCAACGCGUUCUGCGCAACGUGCACCACCCGGCGCGGCAGAUAUUGGCGCAUCGCCUCCUCCACGUGGCGUGGAUCGAGCGGCAGCAGCGGCGGUUGAAACGGCAGGCGUGCCAUCGCAGAGCAGCGGUGCAGUACAGGGCUCACUGCGAGCAAUCAGAACAACAGCAACUAUCCAAGGAAACUGGAGGUGCGGCGCCACGCUCACUACAACGCGCUUCGCAACCGCUGACGGUGGAGAACACAACCGGUGAGAAGGCGGCGACUACGGUGUCGCUCAACAACCCAUCCAGUACCCAAGAACUCAAGUCUGCGCACUCCCCUGCAAAGACGCCACUUCCUUCACCUUACCUCCCCGUCUCGACCGGGGACAGCGCACGAGCCUCACCAGGUGCCAUCGCAAAGAGCGACGGUGGGAGAGAAGGAGGAGGAGCUACACAUCAGUCUCCGCCAGACCACCCGACCUGGUUGCUGGCGGCUGUGGCCGUUUCUCAGUCGUCUUCGGCUGCACCCAGGUCAGGCUUCCACAACGACCCACACGCCCCUUUGGCGCAGCCGCAGCAACCCGCCGAGCCCUAUCACGCAACUCCCUGUGUGCUCUCCGGCGCGUCCUCCGUGCCGCGGCCGCCGCCGCCGUCCGGCUCGACUGCGUGUGGGUCAGGGAGUGGUGUUGGAUUUGGCGUGGGCAGCAGCCCUGGCACCCACGCCUCCUCCGUGUCCACCAGCUACGUCCUGUCCUGCUCGCUGAAGCACACCGUCUGCGUCGGGGCGGCCGGGAGGCUGCAGAUGAACCUAACCAGCUCUCUCCCCACGUCCCCCGUCCUUCACCCAGCCGUCCGGAGCGCGGACCGAGGUGGUGAACCGGUGCCGCGCCGAAUGGGCAGCCACCAUACCCAGCCCACUCCCGUAGAUGGUUUACCACCACCGGCGGAUUCGUCGUACCUGCAACAUGCCCAUUCUCAACCCCUUCACCACCAACGAGACUACGUCGGUCUCCUCUCGGAGCACAACAGUGUUGAGGAUGAUGAGUCGAACGCGUCGUUCGCGUCGAGCAGCACUGACAGCAGUAGCAGCAGCAGCCGUACUUCCAGUAGCAGCUACGAUGCUCGUCUAGCACGCGCCAGCGUCACAGGUAAAACUGGUCGACAUACCGCCGCCGCCAGCCUGUCGUCGUCGUCGUCGUCCACCAGCACAACCAGCAAUCGAACGGCGUCUCAGCACGCCUCAUCGCCCGUCUCCUUCCAGAAGAAGUCCCUGAUGCUGCGUGGUCAACACCACCGCGACGACCGUCCCGGCAGUCCGUCCGCCUCUCGUACCUCCUCCGCCACCUCCGUCACGUCGUCGUCGUCUCCUGCUGUCACCACAGAUAUAGCGCAUUCGGAUCAGCUCCCCCACAGCCUCCCUACCUUGCUCUCUACCGCCACUCGGACCCCACCAUCAAAUGCGGUGCACGCGACAGACGCGCUUGUGGAUGUGGAGAAGCCGUCAACGUCGUUGUCCCCAAGGCGCCACGCUCUGGCAGGCCAUACAGCGUUGGGGAAUGUGAGGAACUCGAAUGCGGCGCACUCUGGCGUAGCGAACGCGUCGAGGAUGGAAGGUGCGCCGCAAGCUGAGGCGAUGACGGUGGAGUCUGCCGCGGCCACGGCGUGUCCACCGCACGCAAACGUGGCGAAUUUAGAGAACAACUCGUCGGAAGAGAAAAGGGGUUCAAAACCGUUGAAACUGAAAUCCGCGCUGCGGGUGUUCAUCCCCAGCGAGGCGGAGCUGUCGCAGACGGCUGCGGCGGCGCUGUGUGCCUUAGCGAAGUUCAGCAACACGAGUGUGGAGUCGGUGCAGACGGAGAUGCGGCGGAUGCCGGUGUGGGCACCCACCUUGAAUCACUGGUCGGACCGCUGUGUCCGUGCCAUGGUGGAGGUGGCGAUGCUGAACAACUGGCUGGAAGACGUGCCACAGUAA